GAACUGAAGAUGCCUUAUUUUUCUUUUCCAUUUUUUGUCCGUGCUGCAGCCUAAAUAAGCUUAUGUCAAGAAUUUUUGUCAUUAAGAUCAGCUUAUUUUGUAUUGAAAUGGUGCUGUCUGUCAUGGUGUCACCUACUCUAUGUUUCCUUCAAAAGUGAGUUAAUUUGGCUCUAUUUUUGUUUAUUUUUCUGUACCAACCUGUUGGGCUAUGUAUUUCUAUAGAUAGGCCCUUGGGCUUAUAGCCCAUUGUCUGUGUUGGUGUAUGUGUUAUAUAUAUAUGUAUGUAUCAAAGACACAGAAAGUGGAGUGGUCUCUGGAAUUUUCCAUACCCCUUCAUGGUGUCGGAGCCUGGUUAGAGAGAGAGAGAGAGCUCGGCGACAGGAGUGACGGACUGGAUCUAGAGAUGUCCAGGCGCCUGAGGUUAGAUUGCCUGGCUGAGGAGUGCACCCGUGCUGCUCCUGUUGGUGGACCUGCUGCUGUGGUACCUCCUGCUACUGGUGCCUUGCUCUGUGGUGAAGAAGGAAGAGAAGGGAAAGCAUCCAGUGGAAGAAGGAAGCAGCUCAUACAUGAUGGGGGAAAAUCAAGGAAUUGAGCAAGUGCUUGGAAAAUUGGUAGAACUACUUACUGCAAAGAAGGAUGAGGUCUCAUCUUCAAGCAGAGAAAUUGUUGUUCAUGCUGAACCUGUCCAAAAGAUAGAGUUGAUGCCAAAUGAUGUCAAAUUAGAGGGCAUAAAAAAUUACUUGGCUUGGUCUAGAAGGGCACUUCGGUUGUUGAAAGCAAAAAAACUUGAAGGCUUCGUCAUUGGGGAAUCAUCUGAGCCAUCAGAUAAGUCAAGUCCUGAAUGGAGCACAUGGGAUGCUACCAACUCUCUGGUAGCAGCGUGGAUGUUGAGUUCUAUGACUCCGGUCAUUGCAAACACAGUAGAUACAAUUGUGAGUGCAAAAGAGAUAUGGAAAGCUUUGGAAAAGAUGUAUUCAGGUGUUGGAAAUGUGAUGCUGAUGGUUGAAAUAGAAGACAGACUCCAUGAUCUCAAACAGGGGGAGCGGUCGGUGAUGGAAUAUGUUGCUGAGUUGAAGAGUUUGUGGGCUGAUGCAGAUCAUUAUAAACCUAUCGAGUUGCCACACUCAGAGUGUGUGACAUGGGUGAAGAAGUGGAUAGAAGAAAAGAGAGUCAUUCAUUUCUUAAGGGGGCUGAACCCAGAGUUUGAGGCAAGGCGUUCUGCUAUUUUUCAUCAACCGACUCUUCCUAGCCUAGAUGAGGCCAUAGCUGCUAUUUCACAAGAGGAGUAUAGACUAAAGGUGAUGAGGGAGACUGCUACAUCACCAUCUCCUGCAUCCUUACCUCGUCCAAUUUUUGCAGCAACAGAAAUGAAAGAAAAUAGAAAGUGUUUCAAUUGUGGUGACACUGGACACUUGAGUCGUGAUUGUCCUAAGCCACUCAGGCCCAACAAUGGUAGAGGAAGAGGUACCAGAGGUGCUCUUAGGGGUGGUAGAGGCUAUGGAGGAAGAGGUGGCUAUAGGGCCAACGUAGUGGGUAUAGAAGAGGAGCUUUCUAGAGCAGCAGCUUCAUCGGUGAAAGCUGAAGAACCCAAACAAUGGAAAGAAAAAGUUCCAACUUCAUCAAUGAAAGACGAAGAACCCAGACAAUGGAAAGAUAAAGUUGAGAGCUCAAGAGAUAAAGAUCAAGUUAAUUAUGUUGGUGACUUCGUCAACUUUGCCUACAUAGAUGAAGGAAAGGAGGACAGGGAGGAAUCUUGGGACUGCAACCAGGCAUAGUGGAUUGUGGUAUAUGGAUCGUGAGGACACAGCUGAAGCAUUAUGUACUGUGUUGGCUGCAACGAUAGGAGAGAAGGAAGCUAAUGUGAUGUUAUUACAUUGUAGACUCGGGCAUCUUUCUUUCAACAAAAUAAGCAAAGCCUUUCCUAAUGUAAUGUGUGGGGUGGAUAAGAGCAAACUAUUUUGUGAUGCUUGUGAGUUUGCAAAACACACAAGGACAUCUUAUUUGAGUAAGGGCAUUAGAAGUGCCUCCCCUUUCAUGCUAGUACAUUCAGAUGUUUGGACAUGUCCUGUGGUUUCUAUUAGUGGAAUGAAGUACUUUGUUACUUUUA